AUGGUAGCAACUCCGAGAUGGAAUUAUAACAGAGACAUUCCACCUAAUUUAUAUAGAGAAGACAAGAAACUGGAUACUGAGAGAAGAGACGAGACAAGACAGAAAAGCAUGAAUAAAUGGUCCAUAAUUCUUCGAAGAAAUCUCACUACAACCCCUACAAAGCAACUCCGACCCUUUAAUGAACUCUUCCCUUCUAAGCGAUUCAUCAAUAAGAUAUUAUUCGAAAUAGACAGUGAUAAGACCUACCAUGAAUUACUACCCAAAUUCACGAAACUGUAUCAAAAUACUAGCUACUCUCUGAGGCCUCUGUAUGAUUUUCAGGAUUCACAUGAGUUGAUGUUGAUGAAUAAGAUUCUGAGGCAAAUUUCAAAGCGCCAACGGAUGACUAAUGAGUCGUUUAUAAAGAUGGAGAAUUUACUCCUAGAAAGGGCAGCUGAAUUGGGUGACAAUGACGCUAUAUCGAUGUUAUGUUUCAAUAUAUUGAAGGAUAAUGCUUCUGGUGAGAAUGAUGGCGACGUUAAGAAUGCGAAGAAGUUGGUUAAGGAAUUGUUGGAGAUUGAGCAUCCUUUGACUUUGAAAAAUGUUGGCGAUUUAUGCGUUGUUAGACAUGAUAAUAAUGAAGCUAAACGUUAUUAUAACAAAUUUUUACAAACUGUAUUGCAUGGGAAUGAUGAUAAUAACAGUAAUGUGUUGUUGAUUGGUCAAGUUUAUGAGAAAUUGGGGGAAAUUGAAUAUCAAGAAGGGAAUUUUUUAAAAGCUGAAGAAUAUUGGUUAAAAUGCAUUAAAAUUUGCAAAUUGGAAGAUUGUAAUAAAUCAUAUUUUUAUUUGGGUAAGAUUUAUUUAAAUUCUGAACCUUUGAAGUCUAAAGUGUUAUUUGAAAACUGUGCUACGCAAGGUUUUAAAGAAGCGUUUAAAGAAUUAGGGUUUUUAGAGAUGAAUUAUUUUAAAAAUUAUGAUAAAGCUAUUGAAUGGUUUAAAUUAGGUAUGGAAUUGUUUGAUAUUCAAUGCUUUUUUGGAUUUUUCCAAUCUUGUUAUCACUUAAAGAAAUGGGGGGCCUGUUCUAAUUGUUUGAAAAGUUUGAAACGAUUUGAAAGUGUCAAUAAAAGUUAUAAGGAUUUAAUUGAUCAAUUUCUUAUUCAAACAAAAUAA